CAACAAACCGUUGAGGAGAAAAGUUCGCUUCCUUCCCGUCCGCUCGGCGCUGAUAUUCGACUUCAGCCUUACACUACCAUGGAAGAGAGACAGCAAUCUCCGCUCCCACCGAUUGAGAUCUCGUCAGAUUCAAAAGACUUCGCCACACCUAUUAACCCUCCUAGCCCACCACGUGGGCGCAAACCGGCAGCUUCCAGUCCAUUGCCAGCUCGGCCGCCUCCAGUCUCCCCAUCAACAAUGGCGCCCGCAACCACAAACAUCUCGCCAAUGUGGCAGUCCUUGCCUGUGGAGCUUGUGCAACGAGUUCUUCAUGAGCUCGUCAGUAUCCAUCUCUGGGACAUUGACUCGGACCCGUUUUAUCCCUGGGAGACUCUCCGCCAGCUGAAUCAUCAGCAGAGGCGACGGAUCGAUGCUCUAUACCGACAGCUCUUACUCCCCAUCUCGAACCUGACACUUUGGACAGAGUUUUGCCCUACUUCAAAGCAUAGCCCUGAUGAUCUUGAUAGCGGCACGGGGUUAUUAUAUCGGUUCUGGGUGUGGGACGAAGAUAAAGGUUAUAAUUCCACCAACGACACGAUAACCUUGUCUCUCGCCGGGACUGAAACGAUGCUAUCUGUGGAUGACGACGAGGGGUUUGAUACUUCAAAGGGAUGGACUAAAUAUGUCAACAGCUUCCCACCCGGUGGACUUUACGUCAACCCACAACCCGAUUACGGCUUCACUCUGAAGUUGAGCUCUCCGCCUCGACCCGGUUAUUCCCCUGAUUUCCACUUGUCAUUGCAGGGGGAGAUACCGGCCAGCCAUGUACCUGACGUCCAAGAUGAUUCCGACGAUGAUUCGAUUAAGCUCAGCUCGAGCCAACUCAUUGGCGCCUUGAUUCGGGCAUGGAAGAAAAGGAUUAUAGAGUAUGAGCGGCAAGGUAUAUGGAAGACUCAAUGGUAUAUCCCACUGGAGCGCCUUGAUGAUCUCCCCGAGGUCUAAGGAGGAUAUACACAAUAGGCAUCAGUAAACCUUUGCGAGGGGCAAAGGUUCUGAGUGGGAAUAAUGCCCUUCACCACCCUUGCAGCCGUCCGUUCACCUGCCCCCGCGUUCACCAUUCACUGGACAACCAACACACUGAUUCAUCACUUCGAAUAUUUAAUUCC